CUAAAAUCGAAAAAAAGGAAAAAGCGGGAGACGAAAACAUACGGCGGGAAGUUGGGGUACUGCGAGAUUUCAAAGCUCCGAUACAUCGAUUCUCUGCUUGAUUUCAUCCUCCACGGGUGCAUUUCCCUCUGGAAUCUUAAUGUUUGGGUUCGUCUGCAUGUUGAGUGAGGACUAUGAACCACGUUUUGAAUUUAGUCCGCUGCGCUUGCAGCUUAUUAGGCCUCCACUUUUGGGUUAAAGGCAUUGUUUUUGUUAUCCAGAAGAAGCUAUAGCAAUCAAGAAGUGAAAUUGUGGCUUCCAAUUUGGCCAAGGAAACGGCUGGUAAGGCUUGAAAGCAAGGCCUGAGGAUAUAAGAUCAAGAAUUGUGGUAAGAGUUUGGAGCAGAUGGAUUCUGGCUUAGGAGAAGGGUCAUCAGGAUACUCGACAAUGGAUGACUAUGAGUCACUCAUCUCGACUACAGACGCGGAGCUUUUGAAACGUGCAUGGCGCAAUGAGAAGGCCGCGCCCCAAAUUCUGCGAUAUGAGGCUGCUUUAGUUCAGAGAUCACGCGAACAAAUCAAAUUGAUGGAAGAGACAGUCGAGGAGUUUACCAGCAGUGGUGUUGACCCACUCACAGUUUCUCUUUAUCAGAUGGACUUGGAUCGGACACUUUUUCUCCUGAGAUCAUAUCUGCGGGUACGCCUUCAAAAGAUUGAAAAGUACAUGUUUCAUAUUCGGAAGACUACUGAGUUGUGGAAUCAUCUUUCUAGGGCAGAGCAAAACUUUGCUGAAAGAUGUAUAGAAGACAUGGAGCAGCAUAUGCAGCAAUCUGUUCUCUCAAAAUUGCCUAGCAGUUACAAAUCUCAUUUAAAGCAAUCCUCAAGCAGUGAAGAGGAUGACAUGGUGCCAGAGCCAAAGCUUGAUACAUAUGUGAUCUGCCGGAGCAAGAAAUUUUUAGGAGCCUUCCAGCUAGAUGACAGGCAAUUUUUGAGUAUUCAAUGUCAUCUCUUGUCAUGGAGAAUGAAUUCAUUCAUUUUUCUGAUGUCUAUGAAUUUUUGGACAGUGCUGAAGACCCUGUUAACAUUGAAGCUGAUGAUCUAUACGCUUUACCUUAUAAGUCUAUAAAGCCUCUUGUGGAGACAGGUCAAAUUGAUCUCGUGUGAACAUCAGAAAUUCGAGUUACCAUCAGGGUCAUGUCCAGUUCUGUGUUCUGUAAACUUUGAGCCUGAACAAGGAAUCACCCAGCAGCCUCUCAGCUCUCCAGGCCAUUUUUAUAGACUGGUCUCAUGUUAAGAUUUCAUUGAAAAUCCAGUUAGCUGGUAUCAGGUUACUGCAUAUUUUUUGGUUUGCUUUUGUUUCUGAAAGUUUGGGAAGGGCAGAGUUUGAACUGCUAUGACUAUGAUGUAGAAAAAUGUAUUCAAUGUGAGAGAUUCAAGCUGCUUUAUCUUUUCCUGAACAUCAUUACACUCAACGAUCUUCCUAUUCUACCACUACACCAGUAUCUUAGCACGAAAGUUGGUC